CUCUGGCCCAGCAUGACCUCGCCGCCGUCGCGCGAAUGCACGCAUCUCUACAAGAUCCUCACGCCGCAGGAGCACAACGCGCUGCCGCAGCGCGCGUGGAAGGGCACUGAGUUCGACCAAAACGACGGCUUCAUCCACCUCUCCACCUCGACCCAGCUGCGCGCCACGCUGUCGCGCUUCUUCGCAGACACCACCGAGGUCGUGCUCGUCUGCAUCCCGCGCGAGAAGCUCGAGCGCCACGAUGCCGGCGAGCUCAAGUUCGAGCUGGCGCCGAGUGUGGGCGACGAGUUCGGGCACAUCUACGGCACGAUCGAGCCGCAGCACUUCCUCUGGACGCGCGCCGUGCACCAGGCGGACGGAUCGUGGGAGGAGUCGCGGCUGGGCGAGCUGCCGUUCUGAGAGACGAG